AUGGAAUAUGCGAAGAAACUCCCCGACCAGGCCAUGCUAGACAUCAGAUUUCUGAGACUCACGGCUAUCACUGACGUAGUCUCAUUAAGUCUUGCCCACACGAAACCUGCUCGAAGUCUUUUCAGACCAGUUUCGUUCGAAUGGAUCGAUUCCUUCGUUAAAGCUGGCCGAUUUAUGAAACCAACCCCCACUCAAUUCUAUGUGCGAACUGAGUCCGCUCCAGGCAAGGCUGCGCGCCAUACAACACCAGGGAUUUGGAGUCAAGUAUAUGAACGACUCACAGGCGUCAAACCCGAGGCCAGAUCAAGGUGGCAACGAUGA